AGAAAAUCAAAUAUUGUCUACUAACAUUGAAACAUCUAAUUAUCACAUUUGUUUCGCCCGUUGUGUUAAUAACAACUCGAACGCUUUUCUGAUUCCUAUCGAUUCGAUACACAUGAUUACGUUAAGAAUAGCGCUCUUCAACGAGAAAAAUCAUUGAUAACAUCGCUUUUAUCUUAUCAAAAUUCAGUAUUUUGUGCCAACAAUCGUAGGUAAUUAUUUAAUCAAUCCGAUACAAUCCAAACAAAAUGGCCAGCAGCUUAAAUGUGGACAAAAUCAUUGCUAAACUAACAGCGAAAGAAGUUCGGGAAAGCAAAAAAACCAAAUACAUAACAUUACAUGAGGCGGACAUAAAGGCGCUAUGUUUCAAUGCAAUGAACAUAUUCAUGUCACAACCGAUGCUCUUAGAAUUAGAAGCUCCUAUUAAAGUGUGCGGUGACAUACACGGACAAUUCGCGGACUUGUUGAAAAUCUUCAGUUUCGGGGGUUUCCCGCCCGAUUCCAACUACCUGUUUCUAGGGGACUACGUCGAUAGGGGCAAGCAGUCCGUAGAAGUUAUUUGCCUGCUGUUGGCCUACAAGAUAAAAUAUCCGGAGAACUUUUUCCUCCUUCGAGGCAAUCACGAGGCCUCGCAAGUCUGCAAGAUUUACGGAUUUUUCGACGAAUGUAAGAGAAGAUACACCACCAAGAUCUUCAAAUUAUUUUGCGACGUUUUCAACACCCUACCUGUAGCAGCAAUAAUAGACGACAAAAUCUUCUGUUGCCACGGCGGUUUGAGUCCGGACCUGCUGCACAUAGCCCAAAUUCAGAGCAUACAACGGCCUAUCGACGUGCCCAUCGAAGGUCUUUUGUGCGAUUUGCUGUGGUCAGACCCCAGUCAGGAGCCCGGCUGGACUCAGAACGACAGGGGCGUCUCGUUUUCGUUCGGCCCCGAUGUGAUCACCAAGUUCCUGAGGAAGCACGAUUUCGAUUUGAUAUGCAGGGGACACCAGGUGGUGGAAGACGGUUACGAGUUUUUCGCUCAAAGGAAACUGAUUACGAUAUUUUCGGCACCGAAUUAUUGCGGUACGUUCGAUAAUGCUGGUGCUUUGAUGUCCAUAAACGAAGAUUUGGUGUGCAGGUUUCACAUUCUCGAACCGCCAAAGUACACCACACAUUAAUUAGGUUGAUUGAAAUGAGAGGUUAAUUUUUUUUGUAUUGUUAGUUUUUGGUGUAAAUUAUGUGAUAAAUCUUAUUUAAAGUCUAAUACACUUUGUUAUCAGUUACUUGAUUUAGGCGUAAUGAAUAAGGUAAGAAAAAUUAGACGGGUUUCUUAAAGAGUAUGGUUCUAUUUUUUUUUGAAAUCAUUAACAAUUAGAAAUCGAGAGUAAACUAUAUAAUCCUCAUUUGUAAUUAUAAAAUAUAUGUAUACAAAUAUACAAGGUAGUUAUAACAAAAAUGAAUACCCUAGUUACUUUGUCUAUUAAAUUACAUUUCGAAAAAUUUCGAUUCAUCGAUUGAUAUAGAAAAUAUGAUGCUCUUUUUUUAUACACAAUUCAUUCCACCCUGUAUGUAUAAUUUUUCAAAUGUAUAUAUAAUAUGCAAGUAUAUAAAUAUACCUAUUAUCAUCAUCACACAAUUUGAGUCAAUUUUUUUCUUUAGAGAUCACAGAAGUGGAGCUGGAAAAUUCAGCUACUUUAUUUAUUAUCUUCGUUUAUUACAUUAUAAAAGUUAAAAACUAAGGCAAUAGCCACAAUAAUUGGAAUGUGGGUAUUUUAUUUCUUUUCUGCGCUUCGAAGUCUUCGAACAACUCAAGGCUAAAACGCGUUUCCGCGUAGAUAUUGUCAACAAUUAUCACUUAGAAUUUCCUUAAAAAAAAUUGGAAAAAUAAAAAUUAAAGCUGCCUCCUUAACGACCGAGUGGUUAUUGCAAAAUUUCUAUCUGUUUGAAACUCAUUUAUUGCACAUCGAAGAUUCGCCGAGGCCAAAGCUGGGGAAAAUGGAACAUCCAUUUUCCACAAACACCGCCAGAAACGAACCCGCCGUGAUCGAACUAGCACGCAAACUAAACCAUUUUAUCUAAUUGAGCAACACAUUCGACGGGGAUUUGCGUUCAAUUACGGUCGCUAAAACUCCUCCAAAUCGAAAUAAACACGUCGAAAAUCCGCGGAAUAAUCAAACACAAAGCUUCCCAUAUUAACGCAUAAUCCUCUAACAACUAAGUAAAAUUUGUCUGCGUGUCCCAAAAAUAAUAAAUUAAACUUUUGGCACAUGAAUCGCUGUAUAAUAAUACGAAUUGCACUGCUCUGCCAACUUGAACAAAAAUAAUAAUAAUAAUAAUCGUAACUAUAUGAAGCUAUUUACAGAUUUUUAGAGGCGAGGCGCGAGCGACCGGGUAAAAAAAA